AUAAAUAAAUAUAAUACUAUUAAAUCCAUGUGGGAAUUCUUUAAGAUUACCAUAAGCCGGGGUUGUACUCUCUCAUAUUCCCGUUUAGGUCUAUAGCCCUCGCUCACUGGCUUAAUCACGUGUAAACAUUACCAACCUGUAUAUAAACAAUUUAAAUUUUCUGACCAUUUUACACGCCUUAAGUGAAUUUUCUGGUUAAUUACGAAGCGCGUAGUUUUCUGUUAACUAUGGUUAACUAUGGAGAUAGUUAUAUACAGUCCACAUACAUACCAUUACCACUAAGUAAAGUACUAUCACUGAGUUUGAACUGAGUUUGACUGAGAGAGGAAAAAAAAAAUUGAUGAAAAUUUAAAGUAACCAAAAGGUUUUUAAUAAUAUACUUAUAUUCUUUUAGUAUUACUUUAGUCUUAAUAGUAUAUCAUAUUUAGAAGUUAAUCAUGCUUAUUCCAAAGGAAGAUAGAAAGAAGAUCCACCAAUACCUCUUCCAAGAAGGUGUUGUCGUUGCCAAAAAGGAUUACAACCAACCAAAACAUGAUGAAAUCGAUACUAGAAAUUUAUUUGUCAUUAAAGCUUUACAAUCCUUAACUUCUAAAGGAUUUGUUAAAACUCAAUUUUCAUGGCAAUAUUAUUACUACACCUUAACUGAUGAAGGUGUAGAAUUCUUAAGAACCGAAUUAAACAUCCCAGAAGGUAUCUUACCUUUAACCAGAUUAAAGAAUGCUCCAGCUGAAAGACCAAGACCUUCAAGAGGUGGUCCAAGAAGAGAAGGUGGUGAAUACAGAAGAAGAGCUAGAGAUUAAAUUAUUAUUCAUUAAUAGUUCUAUUAAUCUCUCAUUUCCAUUUUCUUAUGUAAUAAAUAUCUCAUAUAAAAUAAAAACAACUUUUAAAUAUAUAUAACAUAAUCUUAUCUAAUUAAGACAUGUAGUGUAGUAAUUUGACUUCUUACCAAUACUAUCUUUCUAAGUGGUUUAAAAGAAAUGGGAUAUAGUGUGAUGUUUGGAUGUUUUCAACUGAGGAUGAAACAUCCAUACCACCACUUAAAUAAAUAAAAAAAAAACACCAAAAAAGGCAAAAAACCAUAAAAGA